CGGCGGACACGGGCACUGGCACUGGUGCGAGGUCAGGGCUGCUAGUGCCUUUUCUGGGUUGGACGGCCAGCUGACCCCAGUGGCGCCCGUGUCCCUGUGACAGACUGUCGAGGCCCGGGCCACCUGGACCGCCUUUGUCUCAUGGAGCCUCAGGGUGAGAAGCCCGGAGAGGCCGCCGGGCCACCGCGCGUCACGCCCCAGCUGCUCAAGUCCUGCUCAGGGGAGUUCGCCCUGGAGUCCAUCCUGCUGCUGAGGCUGCGCGGCUUGGGGCUGGCGGACCUGGGCUGCCUGGGCGAGUGCCUGGGCCUCGAGUGGCUGGACCUGUCGGGCAAUGCGCUCACCCAGCUGGGCCCCCUGGCCUCCUUGAGCCAGCUGGCCGUCCUCAACGUCGCCGACAACCAGCUGACGGGGCUGGAGCCGCUGGCUGCCUGCGAGAACCUGCAGAGCCUCAAUGCCUCUGGCAACCUGCUGGCCACGCCGAGCCAGCUGCAGUGUCUGGCCGGGCUGCGGGGCCUCGAGUGCCUUCGGCUCCGGGACCCUCUGGCCCGGCUCAGCAACCCGCUCUGUGCCAGCCCCUCCUACCCGGCCGUGGUCCGAGAGCUGCUGCCGGGCCUGAAGGUCAUCGACGGCGAGCGUGUGACCGGGCGCGGCAGUGAGUUCUACCAGCUGUGCCGGGACCUGGACAGCUCCCUGCCGCCCAGCCCCGGUCCGGGCCCCGGCCCCGCCGAGGCCCAGCCCUGGGUGCGGCCGGGGUACUGGGAGUCCCGGCCGCCCCGCAGCAGCUCCAUCCUGGAGGAGGCCUGCCGGCAGUUCCAGGACACCCUGCGGGAGUGCCGCGACCUGGACCGCCAGGCCGAGGACAGCCUGGCUCAGGCCGAGCAGGCGCUCGGCUCUGCGGGCACGGCCUCGUCCUUUGUCUUCUGAACGUGCCCCGUGGCCUGGGACGGCCUGGCGCGUGGCCGUGGGGCCAGCUCAGUGCGGCCUCGCUGCCCGCAUCUCCCCUCCUGCCUCUGCGCUUGCCUUCACGGCUGCGUCACGCUGGUCACUGUCCCUGCGCACUGGGCCAGCCAUUUACCCCUUUCCCUAAGGGCGACGCCCUCCCUCCCACUCCUACUUCAAGACAGGUCUGCUGUUCUUCAGGGACACGCCUCCCCGGUGCCUCCCCGGGCAGGCGCGGGGCCUCCUCGAGCAGUGGCGCCGUGUGCGGCUGCCCUGCCACCUGCGCCGUGGGUCUGGGCACGGGGCCCCAGGCCUUCGCCUGCCACUCCUGGCGCUCGGGCCUGAGACUUAGUGGGAGAAAGCUGCUUCUUCCUCAGGGUAAAGGUGGCAGAAGCAGGGGCGGCCUGCUUCCCGUCCCAGUGGUCCCAGAAGAGGACGUGAGCGGUGGUGCAUGGAGCGUGGGAGCUGGUUCCCCCCCUUACCCUCCAGCUUGCCUGCCCAAACAACCGGCUGCCCCGGCCCCCAGGCCUGUAUCUCCCUGGAGCCUUCCUUGCCCACCUUCACCCAUGCUAAUGCCUAUUAAAGGUUUCUGCCUUAAUUUGCA